AUGCAGCCCAAUUCAAUUUAUCGCUUCCCUCACCGCUGCUUCCGACUCCCAGGAGGAAGCUUGGCGGGCGGCGCCGCCCGUGACGGCGAGGAGGCGGAGGUGAGCCUGCGGGUCGCCGCCGGCGACGCCGCCCGGAGGCGACUCGUCGGGCCCGGGUCGUCCCCGCCCACGUGCCGCGCCAGGUGCGGCAGGUGCUCCCCCUGCCGACCCGUCCACGUGGCCGUCCACCCCGGUCGGAUCAUCCCCCUCGACUACUACCCCGAGGCCUGGCGGUGCAAGUGCGGCAGCAAGCUCUUCAUGCCAUGA